AUGGGAAGCAGGGUCCUCCUGGCGAACAAGGAACCCAAGGACUUCCUGGAACCCCUGGGGGCAAGGGUGAUCCUGGAGGCCACGGCGGACCCGGGACUCAGCGGUCGUCAUGGGGGACCGGGACCACCUGGUCAUAUUGGACAGCCCGGCUUUCCUGGUGUCAUGGGUCCUCCGGGAGAGAGAGGAGGAAAUGGUGAAAACGGGCGACCGGGAGAACCGGGAAAACAAGGCACUCAAGGAAAUCCUGGUCCUCCAGGGGCGGACGGGAAAAAGGGCGGACCUGGAGAAAAUGGCAAGAUUGGGCCUAGAGGGGAGACAGGAGAUCCAGGUGGCCAAGGACCAUUAGGACCAGCGGGUACUCCAGGGCUUCGUGGGUGGCCAGGCGACAAAGGAGACACUGGCGAUACAGGUGAACCUGGCGAGGACGGAAAAUCAGGACCUGGUGGAGGACCGGGUGAUAUUGGAACCCCGGGUCCAGCAGGACCUGCUGGUUCUCCAGGCGGGGUGGGCCCAAAAGGAGCCGACGGCCUACCAGCGGAGAAUGGUGAUAAGGGACCCAAUGGUCCCCCAGGUGUUACUGGUGCGCCCGGAGAGAGAGGAGCGCAGGGAUUGCCAGGAGUGGACGGCGGUGUUGGUCUCAUCGGUCUGAGAGGAGCUAGGGGAGAUCCAGGGUCCAAAGGUAAAGAUGGCAAACCAGGCAAGGACGGAGGUCCCGGUCAAGUCGGCUUCAUCGGGUUCCCAGGCCCAUACGGUCCACAAGGUUCUAAGGGUGAAGAUGGGCCCACGGGUCCUGAUGGAAUCCCAGGUCCUGGUGGUCGACCUGGUGACCGUGGUAACGAUGGGCCCAAGGGUGGACCAGGAUUAAAGGGGCCUCAAGGUGAUCCAGGCACAUUUGGUGACCAGGGUGAAGAUGGAGAACCUGGAACUCCGGGUCCACCUGGUUUGAUGGGAGCCAAAGGACUCAGAGGUUCUCUUGGUGAACGUGGUCCCAAUGGCCUCCCUGGACUUAAUGGAAGAAUUGGACUUCAAGGCAAUCAAGGUGCACGUGGUGAUGCAGGUGAACAAGGAGAAGAUGGCGUAGCUGGUCCCAAAGGUGAACCAGGCUCUCAGGGACUUAUUGGACCUCCGGGAAACUCUGGACCCCGGGGGCCCCCAGGAUCCCCUGGAGAGAAAGGGCCAGAUGGAGGAAUGGGCAAAGAUGGACCUCCUGGUUUACCUGGACCUUCAGGUAUAGUAGGGGGACGAGGACCGGAAGGUUUACCUGGGGUCAAAGGUUAUACAGGAUUUCCAGGGACCAGGGGAGCAAAGGGAUCUAUGGGUCCAGCAGGCCCUAAUGGUGACCCAGGUGGGCCCGGUCCAAACGGACAGAAUGGACGUCCUGGACCGCCAGGGACCGCAGGCCGUAAUGGUCAUGACGGUAAAGAUGGUCCGGAGGGUCCGGAUGGACCGGAUGGACUACCAGGCAGAAGGGGUGACCGUGGCCCAAAUGGUCGCCAGGGACCCUCUGGACUAUCUGGCCGCCCAGGAGGACCUGGACCCCCUGGAAAUCAGGGCAAGAAUGGUGGCAUCGGAGAUCCUGGUCCAGCAGGUGAUCAGGGUCCUGCUGGAGAAUCUGGGAAACCCGGAGGGCCGGGUCCUAAAGGUCCUGCUGGGGGGAAGGGUGACCGUGGAUGGCCUGGUCGGAGAGGCAUUAAGGGGCACCGAGGGAUGCCCGGCCCGCACGGGCUGAUGGGACUUAUCGGCAGUCGUGGAGACGCAGGAGCUACUGGAGACCCUGGACCUGCGGGACCCAGAGGUCUUCCAGGAAAGCCCGGGCGAGAUGGGGGCGAUGGCAACCCUGGCCUGCCUGGACCCAUCGGCCCAGUUGGAAUACGAGGUCACCGCGGAGAUAUGGGACUCCCUGGACCCCCAGGCCCCCCUGGACCUCCCGGCCCCCCGGGUACAACUUAUCCAAGUCCUAUUCACAAUGGUGGCCAGAAAGGCCCCAGGCCAGACUACAGCGGCCCCGGUCGCUAUCCCGGUCCCGGUUCUGGUCCCGCUCCCAUGUACGAUGAUUAUGGUCCGGGCCCCGCGGUCCCUGCGGAACCGUUCUACUACGCAGAUGAGCCCGGAGCACAGGCGGAGGUGGAGAGGGUGGAGGCCAGGCUGAAGACUCUGAGCCAGGAGGUGGAGAGGCUGAAGAGCCCCGCGGGCACUCAGCAGGACCCUGUCCGCAUGUGCCACGACCUCAGGAUGUGCCACCCCGACUGGAAGAGCGGUUUUUACUGGAUCGACCCUAACCAGGGCCCCUCGGAUGAUGCCAUCAAGGCCUUCUGCAACAUGGAGACGGGCGAGACCUGCGUCUACCCGACUGUGUCCACUGUUCCUCAGAAGAACUGGUACACCAGCAAGACUACCAAGAAGAAGCACAUAUGGUUCAGCCAGUCCAUGUCUGGAGGUUUCCAGUUCCAGUAUGGCAGCUCGGCGGUUGACCCUGACGACAUAGAUGUCCAGUUCUCCAUCAUGCGCCUGAUGUCCAACGAGGCGUCCCAGAACCUCACCUACCACUGCAAGAACAGCGUCGCCUACAUGGACCGGGCCACCGGCAACCUGAAGAGCGCUCUGCUGCUGCAGGGGUCCAACGACAUCGAGAUCAGAGCCGAGGGCAACAGCCGCUUCACCUACAGCGUCAGCGAGGACGGCUGCAUGUCUCACACUGGCACGUGGGGCAAGACAGUCAUCGACUACAGAACAACGAAAACAUCUCGCCUGCCUAUCGUUGACAUCGCUCCAAUGGACGUCGGAGGAGCCGGCCAGGAAUUUGGAGUGGAAAUCGGCCCUGUAUGCUUCUUGUAGGAGACUAAAAAACAAGAAUGCAGAAUUUUGGACUUUGAAAAUAUUUUUCUAUCAGUCAUGUGUUUGUGUCGGUUUACUGUUGUUGUUGUUUUUUUUAUUGUUUAUCAACUUCCUUGUUUGUGCUUCUUCUAAUUCUGAGCACAACUACAUUCUGUCAAUUCUGUUUAAAAUGGAUCAAAACAAUUGUUUUUCAAACCGUAUGUUCAAAUGUAGAUGUCACCCCCUGGAAGCAUAGAACAGAACUUCCGUAAAACAAUGGUGCUUUAUUUUUCAAAAUAAA